ACGAUUCGAAACUUGUUUUUUUUCCUAGAAAAUAUAGUGGGAGAAAAGAGGCAUGGCAUCAAGAGCUGGAACACCGCCAUACCCAAGUGCCGCAAGAAUCGCCGAUUCUCCAUGCUUCCCUCAAUACACUGCCUCUCUCAAAUGUCUGGAAGAAUAUGGCUCAGACAAGAGUAAAUGUCAAGAACAUUUUGAUGUUUACAAGGAAUGCAAGAAAAAGGAGAGGGAAGCUCGUUUGGAACGCAACAAGACUCGAUCCUUGUUCUCAUGAAAUCCCUUUUUAAGAUUUUCUUCCCCCUUUUCUAUGGAGCUGAAAAUUAUGAGUUAAUAAGGGGUUUGAUCAAUUUCUCCUGUCACAUUGCUAGAGUUCAAGAGAAUCUCGACCAAAAAUCUGUAUAAAUGUUAACUAUCUUACGGGAUACAGAAAUUCAACACCGAUGUUCUUUUAUUGUGUGCAAUAAUGGCAAGUGUGUUUUUUUUUUUCUUAAUGAAAUAAUAAUGGCAACUGUGUUUGAUUUA